AUGAAGCCGAGGCAUUUAGUGCCGUCGAGAGGGAAGAUAGACUAUCGAGAAGUAGGUCAGAAAGCUGGAAAGAAAUUAGGCGACGAUAAGGUUGGACAUGGGUCAAGUUCCUUUCGACUAAUGCGCGACGGUCUCUUGAAACAGACGUUCCGGAUGUCUGUUUUCUUAGAAAUCAGAAAUCUCGUCUGGUUUCCCGUGGCUCCAAGAUGCAGCCCCUAACGUCUUCAUUUGAAUUCCGAAAUUCAGAAGAGAAAUCAGCAGCCUCGAUCUAACUUUCCACAGACACAUUCUGGCUCAGAAGUGUGUCUGCUACGGACCACUUCCGCAAGAACAUCAGUCAACCAGGCAUACACCGGAUGACCGCUGCGCAAGACCGGGCCGUAUGGAAAACGUGUGGUCCACGCUGAACAACACCUCGCGAACAUGGAUCAUCAAAGUAUCAAAGUUAAGUACAGAUUUUAGGCUUUAAUCGAGAUUCCCGACUCAUAAUUUACUUUUAGAAAAAAAUUCGAAAUUUUUUUAAAAUGAAAAUUGUCGAAGUAACGAAUUAACUCGUAACCGCUUUGUGUCUUGGAAUGAAUGAAAAUAACAGAGAGACUCGGCUCUUAUUAUCAUUUUCCUGCUAUCAAUGGCAGCUGCGUCCUGUAUGGCGUUUUCGAACUGCUGCUCAGAGUUUUUAGUAUCGCUUUCUUUUUUUUGCGAAGUUUCCUUUCAGUUUGGGUUUAUUUUAUUCAAAAAAGCUAAUUUCAAGUCGUUCAAAAAAGUUUGCAGAAGAAAAGCGAAUCCCUUUUCAAUGAUAUCCAACAUUCAACUAAUUUCAAUAGCCGUUAUCUUCAAAAGCGUACAAGCUUCUACUGCUUUCAGUAAGAUUUUUUCAACUAUUUGCAAGUCAACCUUGCUCAAAAGCCAUUAGUUACGUGUUCAGCAUGUACCCAACUAGACGCGAACGUAAUGCAGCCGAACAACACAGUGACUCUUCCCGCAAACUCUUCAGAAGCCGUUGCUGUCCCAGCAAACUUCAGCUGCACUUACCGGGUGAGCUGUUCGAUUUGUACUCACUUUUCGGCUCUUUCAGUUCUUGGUGAGAGGUCCUUCUUUUCUGAUGAUAAAUGUGACUCACCGAUUGAUGGACCGCGAUCAAAUUAUUUUAAUUGACGCUCAAAACUACACCAAGCAGAUCGAUUCGUUAGAAAAAGCUUCAGAAGCUUCAGAAAAUGAAAAGUUAGUACAGAGACAGUCAACUACCAGUUCUACGCGAGCACAGGAGAAGGACGAAUUGUGAUAAAUACGGGUUCUUCUGGCGGAUCUAAAGCUCUUCUGCAACUCCACUGGUUCACAGGUACGAUCUUCAAACUUUUUCUUUUAUUUCUCUUUUAGUUGCACAGGUUGAAAAAGUUUGGAAGGUACAUCCCAACCGACAGGGCGUCUUUCUCGACGCAAACUCUCUUCGCCUUCAGCCGCAGACUGUUUCCUCGAGCUUUUCUGACGGGAAGGUACUACUUGAAUCAAGGAAAUGCCCCAAAUGCUUUCCAGGUCGCCUUGGCGAUUGCCCAGACCGGCCUCGCAGAGCCAUUCGACAGCUUCUUCGUCUUCGAAGGACAAAAUAUAUCUGAUUCUUUUUCACGCAGGUUUCUUUUUUCAGAUAUAUAUCGUUAUUUGUAGUGAGCCGCCAGCUUUCGAAUGUACUCUAAACCGUCUUUUGAAAUCUUUUCAAGCUAUCGACUUUCGGAAUGAUAAGGCAUAGCUAGGGACCGCAACCAAAUUUUCAAAAAAAUUUUCGAACUUCAAUAUUACUAUGGUUGGAUAGCUGCUCUAAUUUACUAUUCAAAACAGUUUAGUUGAAAAAGGUUAAGAAAAAAAAAAGUUAUGGUCAAAACAGUAGUGAAAAAAGUCGCGAAAUUUAGUACUGAAAGUUUAGAUUAUACACUUUUUAGUCGUUCAUUUUUGUUUUUCAUAUCGGAUUUAAAUUUUUUUCAGUAGUUUAGUUCGGUUUUUCAAAGUCAUAAUUAGUUAUUAAAACAGUAUAAAACCACAAGUUUGAAGAGAAAAGCUAUUUUUUCAUGGAAAAUAAAAAAAAUGGCCGCUGCGAGGAUCGAACUCGAGAUAUCAAAACUGUAUGCAGGCGCACUUGCGCUGCUCCACGUACAUCUCUCGGAGAUGGGAGGCGUUCGCGCUAUACAGCCCUUCACCUCAAAGUACAGCAUUUACCGACAAUCUUGUCCAAAAAGUUAUGAUAGUUGAACAAUUAUUAGUCACGUGUGUUCGGACCACCUAAAAAUAAUUUUUUCAUAGAGAUUCAGUUCAAAAUGCUUCCGUUUUCGGUGUUUUUUUCUUAUUUUAACGUUGGCUUCAAACUAACACUAAUUAAACUUUUAGGCACCGUGGAAAUUUUUAUUUUAUUUUUUUAAUUGAUUGAAAAUUGAGAUACGCUAAUAUUUAAGAAAUAAAAAAAGGCGCCAACGACAUCUGACCAUGCUAAAAUGAAUUUCGAAAUUUUCACUGUCUAUUUUUUCUCAGAAAACAAAGUUUUCGGAAUAAGUUGUAUACUAAUAAAGUUAUAAUUUAAACCACAAGUUAAAAUAAAAAUUUUUUACUUACACGCUCUCGAAACUGAGUACAACAUUUUCAACUUUGCGCGGCCUCACGAAGAUUAGGCACCGUAAAAAUUUUAAUUUUUUUGUUUUAAAAGAUUUGUUUUUCACUUAAGAAUCGAAUUCGAAAAUAAAAAAAGGCGCCAACGACAUGGAACUAGGUUAAAAACCCGAAGAAAAAAAGUCGUUUUGGUUUUUUGUACGACACUCCGCUAAAACGCUACGAAAAUCGGGAGAAAAGUAUACCAGAUUGAAGAGGAAGGUUUUCUCUAUGUUUCUCCCAAUUUUCUCUGUGUUUGCUUCAGUAUUGUGCUUUUACGAAAACAUCAAACACUAAAAAACCAGUGCAUUUCACCAUCGCAAAAAGGGGUGUGGCUCUGCGGUCUCUAGGCAUAGCCCUCCCGUCUUUUGGUCUACAAGUGCGAAUUACUAACUUCAAAUGAUUAAAACCCGAGAUUUAUUUUUUGAACAACCUGAGCAAAAAGAAUGUCGGCCUUGAAGCUUUUUCAGCUCCAUGACACUCUCAAAAACAUAAUUCAGGCUUUCCUCGUACACAUCUUCCAAUCCGUUGAUUUCGAAGACGAGUACUUUAACGAUUGUUGGCUUGUCGCCAGUCUCAUUUCAUUCAUACAUCAUCGCACUAGAGUACUCAAGUAAGCUUGAAAAAUAGGCAAAAGCAACGGAUAUCUUCAGAUAUUCAGUCUUUUGAUCAAUAUCGUUCCUAUACGGUGUUGCCGUCUGGCCUAAACGGUGCAGUAGAGUCUUUGGACGUGAAAACGGCCGUGACGAUUUUCUCGCCGUCAACGAGCAAUCUCUACCUGACAGGUCUCCGUUACACGGAAAUGGUGAGCGAAACUUCUGUCCAAUGAGCCAAAAAACACUCAAGGGAAACGUUUCUUGCGUCGUCACAGGCCUUUCUUCGACGCCGUCGAACUCUUCAAAAAUAUUGCUCGUCUAUAAGUUUGACCUAAAACAGAAGAAAUAAUACCACACAUCCUUCGAUUGCAGCCCAGAAACGACAGACGACAACUGCUUCCCUCAACACUUCCCAGCCGGUCUUUUCAGUUUCGAAGUCGUCGGCUGCUCUCUGAACUUCAGCGUGGUUUCUAAUGAGCCAAGUGAGCCUCAACCUCCAAUCAAUUCUACACCAUGCUUCAGCGGGGUAUUAUGAAGUGAUGGAAGGGCGCUCGGGGUACGUUUUCACGCCGUCUUUUCUCGACCCAUCCGCAUACUCGGCCACCAACGUUACAUUCAGUAAUAGUAAUACUACUUUCCGAAUUCUUAUGGCUCGUAGAUAGCAACGCUUCGCUUUCCUAUCAAACUUUCGUAGAGUCAGUUUUGGUGACUAAAGAUGAGCAACUGGCUGUGAACGUCUACACCGAUACCGGGAAAACGGCCAUGAGUAUUCUGUGAGUGUGCAAACCUAAUCGAAAUCAGUCAGUGUUGAGAAAAACAGCCAUCUGUUAGCUUCAGAAGCACAGUAAAUUUCCUGACUCUGGAUUAAACUCGGUGAAAAUACUGAAUUCCUGCGAGAAAGGGGUAUUUUUAGAGCUUUCAGAGUGACAGGAAACCAAACGGGGGCAAACGCAGAAGGAUAUGGCACCACCGUUAACAUCGCCUUCCGUGGAGAUGCAGACAAUGGGAGCGCCAAAGUUCGUUUCGCGGUCGGUUCUGCUCUUGGAGGUAUUGCAUUCCUUUUUUCGGUAAAAAUCAAUUUUUAGCCUACUAUCAUUCGCUUCUGCUGGUAUUAACACUUCUCGUCAAACCUUUUCUGUUCUGAAAAAAUACCCAGCUCAAUUUAGAAGAGUUCGUAUGGUACUUGGUCAUAUAAUACUCUGAUAAACAACUAGUUUGAUACAUCAAAUCAUGUGUGUUAUCUUUGGAAAUAAAAUUUUCGCGAGAGACUGCGAAUUCGGGUGCAUCAAAUCAAAAACUUGAGAUAUCAAAAAAUGACUCCCUCCAAUAGAAUUGAGAGACCUCUUCUUCAUAAUAUUUUUCAAUAUUAUCAUAUUUAAAGGUAAAUUAAAAAUUUGGAGAGCCACGUCAGCUUUUUUUGCGAUCUCUUGAAGGCCGAAAUUAGUCAAACACAGGAGGAAGAGCAUUUGAGAGAAAACGAUGAGAAUUGUCGUCUCACCUGCCCGCACCUUUGUUCUACGGACCGUAUAAAUGCUUCAAAUCGAGCAUUAUUUUCACAAUUGACAUCGUCAGUCUUCCAAUUCAUCCGAUAAUGUCUUCCAUCAAGGUUCGCUAGUCAUUUUUUGUUUUAAAAAGAUUGUGUGCAAGUAAAUGAUUGAAUCAUUCUAGAUCAACACCUUUAUUUACACUUUUGGACAGUUUACAACAAAAUUGUAUUGCCUGCUUGUAGAUUUUCGGCCUCUACGUCCUUCUGGCCCUCGUGUUUGCCGUCGUUCUCGUUUCUGCUGAGAAGUGCGAAGACUCCGAAGGUCUGUCCUACUAAUAGCGAGAAAUAAAAGAAAAUAAGAUUUAAUCCAACUCAGCCCAAACCCAAAUGGCGCAGAGCAAGUCUGCGCCUAUUUUUGAUUCCAAGAAUAUUAAAGAGGAAAAUCAUUUGAACAGCUGAAUUUUCAGAUGGUCACUGCGAGGUUCUGUCGCACUUCUGUGGUGACUCCAAAUGGGCGCAUUUGACAGCAAACUGCCGCAAGACGUGCGGAUUCUGCUAA